UGUUGUGUUUCUGUUGGAUAUCAGCCUCCUACACUAUUUUUCCGCUACUUUUCUUGUCUAUUAUACUUCCAAGGUUCGGAUGACGAAAGUGAACCACUUCCAUAUAUGGUAAAGAACUUGCGAUGACCUCGUUGCUCGCUUCGUCACUUUUCCAUAAAUCCAACGUCAGUCCUUUCAAAUUCUCCACCUCGUUCGUUUUAGUUUCUUCCCUCGUUCGACGACAAGACUUAGACGUUAUUACAAUGCUCGUACCCAUCGCUCUCCUCAUUUCUUCGCUUUUCGCUACCGUACAAGCCUCCAUCUAUGUCACGAACCCCGUCCAAUCUACCGUGUGUACGGGCGGUCAGUCAUGUGAAGUGGACUGGGUCGACAAUGGCGAAUCCCCGCUCUUGAGUGACAUUGGCGAAUGUACCGUCGGUCUGUACAGUGGCGAAAUGGCAUUUGUUCAAUCCCUCCCCUCUGUCGAUGUUUCCUCCACCUCGACGUUGUCGUUUACUCCUAACCCUUCUGCUGGCCCCAACGGUCAAUACUACAUCGUCUUUACUAGCAGCGCCAUUAGCUACCAAGGAUUCUCCGCUUCAUUCACUCUGAGUGGCAUGACGGGUACUACCGUAGGUGGUGGUACAUCGUCCACCCCACCUGCUAGCAACGCGACAACUACCUCAAGCGCCUCUGGAGCGUCCUCCGCGUCUUCCACCGGAACUGCGACUGGUACUGCUACCGGUACUACAACUGCCACCACACCAGCUACGACCGUUUCCACCACUGUCACCACCGCUACGCCAGUCGUCACCACUUCUGGUACAAACACACUCACCGUUACCCCGACAACGACCUUCACCACUGCGACUACUAGCACUAGCACUCCUUCUCCUACCACUACUAACGCCGCUAUUCGUGCUGGUUCUUCUGGUUCUCUCGCCGCCGCACUGUUCCUUGCUUGUGCUGGCGCCCUGGUUUUCUGAAGGAAUAAAUAAAAUGAGCGUGGGUACUCGGUAGACUUCUUUUUUUUUUUUCAUUUCGCGACAUCAUUUUUUCCACAUCAGAACUCACUGGACCUGCCUUUCGCCACGAUACCAUGUUAUGGUUACCAUUGCUGUUGUUGUACUUGCUAUUCUUAACGUUGACGACUUAAUUACGGUUUCUACGCAAUUGAUGCAGUGACUUUUUAUUUCCGCAGUGAUAUAUACGGAGAGCGGAGGUUGAGAAAUGGCAUUUUGUGUGACUAGUGCGCGGAUUGCUUUUGGUGAACGCCCGCGAUGGGUACGGAAAAUGAUUUUUUUGAGGUCUUGACUUGCCCGUAGAGUCGGUGAAUUUAUUUAGGGGGGUAGUGAUUGUUAUUUGUAGCACCUUCCUAAAAUGGGCCCAAACUACGUCGACUCGGGUCCUAUGCGUGUCUUCCAAGAG